GACGAACUCCCCGCAAGAACGACAACCGAAACCCAAACAAUGACUCAACCUACAAACCGCCGAACUAUGAGCGUUGCGCGAACUGACAGUAUCUUUGUCGACACACCUGCAGGAACCCUCGAACGUGCCCUGUCCGAGAAGCCGGACCUUGAACUGAUCCACAUACCAUCUCACUAUCUCCUUCCUCCCACGCACCCCUCCCCUUUUGAAGGCACUCUGGAAGCCUCGCUCGACGCCCUCCUCGACUUUGGCCGUGCGCAUCCCAACUCGAUCUCUAUCAUGAACGUUCUCCGCCAAUCCGUUACUACGACGACGAACUGGCGUGAUCUGCUUGUCCCGAUACUGGAACUCGAGGAGAAGACGGCCAUGGGCAACGGCCGCCUGCUGCUAGAGGAGCUUCUCUUUCUGGCUACGCGGACGCUGCUUCCCGAACAGAUUGCUCAGAAUAGGGCGUGCAUGCACCGAAUGUACGCGGCGAAGAGGACUACGUCGACGAGGAUGAUCUUGCGAUACGACAUGUUGCGCGAGUGGGCUAAGCGGGCGAACAACCACUUCAUCGUUGUCGAGUCGCAUCCCCCCCUGGGCAACUUGGAGGCAUCUGUCGCGGCGGCGGAGGAAGAAGACAAAGUGCACCCUGGGAGGAGGCCGGCGUUGCCAAAUAUUUGGGCCACGCUGAUUGCGGCGCCGGUGCAGGGCUACCACGUUUACAAGGUGGGACAGGCGAUGAAGCAUCAUGUCACGGGACUGGACAAGUGGCUCAUGUUUGAAGAUGAGGAGGUCGCGGGGUGGAACACGGACACAUUGGUCCAGUUGGUGAUGCAGGCUCUACUGCAGUGGCAGUGGUUGAGGGACAAUACGGAGCGCAUGGAGAGCAUGGAGGUGAAGGGCUGGGGAGAUUUGGAGGGGCGGGCGGACGAGUGCGAAUGGGUGCGAGACGACAAAAGGGCCAAGGCUUAG